GAACAUUUCUUUAUUCGCCAUUGUUUUAAUCGAUUUAAAUUACCUCCCCUUUCAUAAAAUGGCGGUGAACCACACAAAUUUUUGAACAAAGAAAAUUAGAAUCUUUGGCCAUUUGGAGUCAGUCAACAAGGUGAAAAGAAAGCAGUCUAAAAGAACUAAGCAAUUUAUAUAGAAUAUUAUAAUUUGUUAUUUUUUUGGACUCAUUUUGAUUCCUGAACUUAAUAAAAGAAAAUAUGAUUGUGCCAACCUCUACAAUGUGAUGGCUUAAAAAAAAAAAGAUUUUCAUCUGGCAAGAUAAGAGACAUCGUUUAAAUACAUUUAUUAGACUGACACAAUAAACAAGUUAGAGUAUAUUGGAAGAGAUUUGACACGAUGGCGAAACCAGACAUGGAAGUGAUCAAGGAGAUUCCUGGUUAUAAGGUUAUACUGAAGGCAGUGCUGAAAAGUCAGAUUCAACAGUUGGUGGAACAGUUGGCCAGCACAACAGAAGAGGAAUCAGUCAUAUUAACAGCAAGUGUUUCAGAUGGGACCCUGUGUCAUCUAGGGUCAGACUCCGGCAAGGUGUUCCUUGAAGAUCACGAGGACAUCAAAUCACAGUUCCUUGGCUUCUGUCUAAAACGACAUCAUAAACAGAAGCAGGAGAAAGAAAGAAAAGAAGCUCAAGAACGCGAGGAAGCUCUGGCUCGUAGCAUGGCUCCAGUCACACCACCAAGGUAUGGUGGUCCGCGAUUCAUGCCUAGAUCACCUAGAUAUCCCUCCCCUCAACAAGGUUUACACCCAGUCGCCUUGAGUCGAGUCUCUCCAGGGGGUAGAAUGAGAUCUCCUGGGGUGCGGCAUCAACCUUAUCCAAUGGCACGACCUACUCGACCAUCACUGAACUUUGAUCAACAAGGUCCGAGCCCAAGAAUGGGUAAUAAAAUUGAUGGUCAGAUUAUUAAAAUAGAACCAGAAGAUGACGAUGAUAAAUCUAAUCAAAGUGUUAAUGAUUCAGUUCAAACAACUUUCUAGUGUUCCUGGAAAUAGUGAAACCUCCGUCACCUCAACCAAGCCCUCCACACCCUCGCUAGGUCAAGGACGGCAACCCUCUGAUAACGAUGAUGCAAAAUCUGAAUCAUCCUCAUCAACCAUUCCAAAUGAAGCAUCAGAUGCUCAAAAUAUAGUGACUCGUUCCACCAGGGGGUCUGAGUCUCGAUUCGGAUUUAUCAAAUUUAAUAUCACCCUCAGACUCAAAAUGCACAUCAAGCGCAAAUUUCACAAGACUCUUUCCGGUGAACCUCA